GGAAAGUAAUAAGGCUUCCCCUUGGAUGCGCGUAGUGUUUGUUCGGUUGCUAGCUAAUCUUUGUGUGAAGCUAGUUCGCGGCGUGAUUGUGAAGUCUAUGAGCUAAGUGAUGUGCAUUAUGAAGAAUGGAAGAAGACGAUGUCACGAUCAGAGAGCAGAAUUUCCACAGCCAAGUCCGAGAGUACAUUAUCUGUUUCCUGUUGUUUGCCGUGCUGUACAUCGUGUCCUACUGCAUCAUAACGCACUACAAGAGGAAGACUGAUGACCAUGAAGAUGAAGACGCAGUCGUGAACAGAAUAUCUAUGUACCUGUGUACGUUCACCCUGGCCGAAUCCGGAGGCGCUGUCCUCCUCCUUCCGUUCUCUAUAAUCAGUAACGAGAUCCUUCUGUUGUUCCCCAAGAACUACUACAUUCAGUGGCUCAAUGGCUCCCUCAUCCACGGUCUGUGGAACCUCGUGUCGCUCUUCUCCAACCUGUGUCUCUUCGUCCUCAUGCCUUUCGCCUACUUCUUCCUGGAGUCCGAGGGAUUCGCCGGCUCGAAAAAGGGCCUGAAAGCUCGUAUCCUGGAGACAUUUGUGAUGCUGUUUCUGCUCGCUCUGCUCAUCCUGGGCAUCGUGUGGGUCGCGUCUGCACUCAUCGACAACGAUGCUGCCAGCAUGGAGUCUCUCUAUGACCUGUGGGAUUUCUACCUGCCCUAUUUGUACUCCUGUAUCUCUUUGAUGGGCGGCUUGCUGCUUCUGAUGUGUACUCCAGUGGGUUUGUCCCGAAUGUUCACCGUCAUGGGCCAGUUGCUCGUCAAGCCCACGAUUUUGGAGGACGUAGACGAACAGUUGUACUGCAUUCAGCUACAGGAAGAAGCUUUACGACACAAACUCGAUGGUUCACGGCCCCCUUUACUCGCCACCUCCCAGAAUCUCCGCAAAGAGCUGGAGAGCGUACGCUCACAGAGACACAAGCUGGAGAGAAGGAAGAAGGCGUCAGUUUGGGAGAAGAACCUUCUGUACCCCAUGGUCAUGUUAAUACUGCUCGCUGGCACGGCGUUCUCUGUGUUUUUGGUGGCUCUGAACAUUUUGUACCUGUUGGUGGACGAAACUGCGCUCCCAAAGGGAUCAGCGGAUCCUGAGAUUGGGAAUGCGUCUCUCUCUACGUGUGGUGUCGUGCGGGCUGUGGUUGAAAUAGUCCUCAUGAUUUACCUGAUGGUCUCCUCCGUUGUGGGAUUUUACAGUCUUCGCAUCUUUCAGGGACUCACACCCACGAAGGACGAUACCACCAUGACCACAAUCAUCGGUUGCUGUGUGUCCAUCCUGGUCUUGAGCUCUGCACUCCCGGUCAUGUCCCGCACUCUUGGAAUAACAAGGUUCGACUUGUUGGGGGAUUUCGGUCGGUUUAACUGGUUGGGGAAUUUCUACAUCGUGGUGUCAUAUAACCUGCUGUUCGCUGUGGUGACCACGCUGUGUUUAAUCACCAAGUUCACCUCCGCUGUCCGAGAGGAGCUGCUCAAGGCACUCGGUCUGGAUAAACUGAAUCUGUCCACCAGUCCUACAGAACCAGAGCCAAAUAAACUAGCAGCUAACGGUCACCAGAAGACGCUCUGAGCCCCAUGCAGGACGUUUACAGUGCAGACGUUCAUCAAAGUCCUACCUUCAUGUUUCCUUUUGUCUACGCACCAUUAGAAGUUUGCACGUUUUAAUGUUUUAAAUUCUAUGAAUUUUUUCCCCCUUCAUGCUGUGAAUACGCAGACUCGGGUAAACGUGAAGACCAUCAUGUAAAUGUUGUAUUUGUUUGUAUAUAUAUUUUUUUGCUAUCUUUUCAGUUCAUGUCCAGAACUUCACCUCUGAUGCCUUAUGAAACAGGGGCGUAUUUUACAGGCGCUUUAAUAGUCAUGUGCCCUGCUGAUAUAGAUAGCGGUCUACUGGCUGAAGUUGCUAAAUCAAAUACCAGAGUCAUAUUUUACUGCUUGAUUCAACGGAAAUAUAAACGAACGCUUUCGUACGAGCGUUUAAUGUGGGACGGCUGCGUCUGCAAGCACCUUUUUAUAGACAAAUUCACUGUGACCCCUCAUGUGACGGCAGGAAAAAAAAAGCAAGCCAGUUUACGAUGCUAAUGAGGACAUAUCUCGCAUGAGGGACAUUGAAUUUACAACCCGUGAAAAGGUCACAUUUUGCAUCUGAAGGACAAUUUUUUUUUUUUUUUAAAUCUUGCUUUCUGUCGAUAAUCUCUGGACCAUGAAUAAAUGCACGCAUCAUAAGUCACUGAGGGAAGGUUUGUAUGUUAUACUGUGAAAACAGCAAUUCAUUCUUCUAUUCAUAACAAGCAGCCAGUUUUCUCGCGUUCAGUUCAGAAUAAAAAUAUUCUCUCUCAAUGCAAA